AUGAAAGUGAGCAAACCGUUGCAGUUCUUUAUCAGAAAUUGCUUCACGAAUAGUAAUCAGAACUCUCUAAUUGCUCGGAUUGUCAGUACUUUCAACAUUCUCUUCAAUGGCUUGCCAGCCUUCAGGGUCGAAAACUCUCAGAAACGCUCUUAUUCUGAUUUUCCAGUACAAGUAAUUACUCCUAUCAAAGGAGACGUGUCAGGAGGGUGUGUGAGGAAAGCGCCUUUACAAUGUGGCAAUGAUAGUCAAGCCAAUGGACAGAGUGACCAUGAUGGGUGUUCAAUAUGGAGUGAAGAUCUCUUUAACGUUGAACAGCUGAAAGAUGAUGACCCUGAUAGGAGUGAUUUCUAUCUAAAACUUUCUGCUUCUGCAUUUCUUAGUGAAGGUAAGAAUAAUGGAAUUGUUGCAAUUGUUUUGAUUCAAGAAGGAAGAGGUGGAAUGGUUUAUUCUAGCACUUGCAGUUUCCAUGACACUGUUGACUUCAACCUUGUUUUAUUGUUUGUUGAGGAGGACAAUGCCACAAAACAAAGCAUUGGAGUUGCCAACUGCACACUAAAUGAAGCCAGUAAGGAUCUUAUUGGUGGGAAGAAGGAAGUUGCUUUACCGUUGUUCAGUUUCACUAGUGUAUCUUCUGCUACCGAUAACUUCUUUGAUGCAAAUAAGCUUGGAGAGGCUGGUUUUGGACCUGUUUACAAGGGAAAGUUACUAAAAGGAUAUGAGGUGGCCGUGAAAAGGCUUUCAAGGAAAUCUAGACAAGGAUUGGAGGAAUUACAGAAUAAGGCUAUGCUCAUAGUAAAACUUCAACACAAGAAUCUUGUGAGACUACUGGGCUGCUGCAUUGAAAGAGAUGAAAAGAUUUUAAUCUACGAGCAUAUGCCCAACAAAAGCUUGGAUUUCUUCCUUUUUGAUCCAAUCAAACAUGGGAUACUAAAUUGCGAGUUACGCGUUAACAUCAUUGAAGUAAUUGCUCAAGGGUUUUUCUGUCUUCACCAGUAUUCAAGGUUACAAAUCAUCCAUAGAGAUUUGAAAACUAGCAACAUUUUGUUGGAUAAAGAUAUGAACCCAAAAAUUUCUGAUUUUGGGAUGGCAAGAAUUUUCAGUGGAAAUGGAUCACAAGCAACCAAUCGAAUUGUUGGCACGUAUGGUUAUAUGUCACCUGAGUAUGCUUUCGAUGGUCUUUUCUCAAUCAAAUCUGAUGUCUUCAGUUUUGGAGUCUUGUUGUUAGAGAUUUUGAGUGGCAAAAAAAAUACACACUUUUAUCUAACUAACUCCGUCAAUCUUCUUGUAUAUGCAUGGGACUUGUGGAAGAGUGGCAUGGGACAGGACCUGAAGGACCCAAUAUUGGGAGACAUACUUUCUACACGUAUGCUGUUGAGGUACAUAAACAUUGGACUUCUUUGUGUUCAAGAAAGUGUAGUUGAUAGGCGUACCAUGUCUAGUGUUGUAUCAAUGCUUAGCAAUGAACUUGUGCUUUUACCUUCUUCGAAACAACCUGCAUUUUCAACUAUUACAAGUGUGCCUGAUUGGACAUCAUGCAAAAUCCCAGAAAUAUGUUCGUUGAACGACGUGACGGUUUCAGUUCUUGAAGCCUGGUAA